ACAAAUUUGGAUCAAGAGAACAAUGUGGUGACUCUUUGAUGAUUCUGUUUUUAUGUAUAAAUAAUCAAUUCUCUAUUGAUAUCGGUGAGUCUUUAAUUUGGUCUUUUUUAACAGAACUUGCGAGAUUUAGGGGAACUAACUCUACGCACUUAUCGUUAUUUAUACACGACUUUAAGGGUUUGGUUUGUUUUGAAUGUUUCAAACCCUAAUUACGAACCAUAUGAAACGAACAAAAAAAAAAAAGGCAUAAGCUUUGAUUAAGGAACACUCUUUUUUAACAAUGGAGACGAGAUCUGUGAAACGGAGGAAGAGGAAGAGAGAAGAAAAUGUACAAGAGAUUAUCAAAGUAGAUAGAAUCAGUGACCUUCCUGAUUCUCUCCUUCAUCAGAUUCUGCUUCUGCUUCCUCUUAUAUCCGCAGCGAAGACAAGCUCACUUUCGAAAAGAUGGAGAUCUCUCUUCCUCUCAUUGCCUGAUCUUGAUUUCACCUCCAUUAGCGACCUUAGCAAACCAAAAUCUUUCUCUUCCAACUCCAUUUACAAAGUGCUUUCUCUUCGUAACCACCGUGAUUCCAACAACCUUAGAUCACUUCGUUUUCGUGCUACCGUCACAUUCACAAGUCUCAAUUCCUUAAUUCGUUUAGCUGUUACUCAUCAGGUUCAAGAUCUUGACAUUGAAGUCACUACUAAAGACUACUUUAACUUCCCUCGUUGGAUUGUGACCUCUCAAGAUUUAAGAGCUUUGAGGCUUAAAUCAGCUUACCCUGGUUUUAGAUUACCUACAUCAUCAUCAAUCCUUGGAGGGUUUCAAAAACUUACUUCACUCUCUUUAUCUCUUGUGAUUCUAGACAACCAACCUCGUCUCUCAGAUUUCUUCACUGAUCCAAGCUUUCCUCUUCUAGAGAAACUAACCCUUGAAAGUUGCUUUGGACUCAAGGAACUUAAGGUUAGUUGCCGUCUUCUCCAAGAGUUUUCUCUAAAGAACUCUUUACAGCUUGAGGGUUUAGAGGUUUCUGGUAAUAAGCUUCAGAGACUAAAGGUUGUGAAUUGCUUCCUAACAUACUCAGAAAAGAGCUUUGUGAAGAUCAACACACCGAAUCUCAAAACUUUCCUUUGGAAUUUAAACGCUGUCACUACUAGUGUUCAUUUCUUGGACAAGUUAGUUUGUCUGAGAAAAGCUUUCGUUAAAGUGUUUUGGCUUCAUCAACAUCUCAAUUCACAGACACAGAGCUUAUUCACUCUCUUGUCAGGUCUCUGUAAUUCCUACAAACUACAACUUGGAAACCAAUCCGUAGAGGUAAAUAUAUACUUACAACUUUUUCUUCUGCAGUUUGAUCUUUGCUUCACAGUUUUGCUACUGUUGUGACAGAUUUUGUCAAGCAAGAAGGCACUAUUAAAAAAUCAUCUUCUACCGUUUCACAACAUGAGAUCCUUGGAACUGCAAACGCGUUUCAACAGACACAAUGUUCAAACACUGUCAUGUCUGUUCAAGAGCUGUCCACUGCUAAACUUACUUAUCCUCAAAAUCAUUAAUGAUCAAACAAGUGAAAGAAGGGUAAGUAUUGAAAGAAAGAAAGAAAGCUUUUUUUUAGUCUUUCUCGGUUUUAAACAGAAUUGUCUCUGAUGCUGCGUAUGUUUUCAGCAAUGGAAUAAGGAUUUGUGGGAUAGGUCUAACUCAGAGAUUCAGUACUGGGAGUCUCAAACCUAUGAAUUGGAAUCUUUCUUGAACCACUUGGAAUUUGCAGAGAUUCACGGAUUCUUAGAGUGUGAGAACGAAAUGAGCCUUGCAAUGUUUCUGCUGAGACAUGGAAAGGCUUUGAUCAAGAUGACGCUUCGAUCUAGUUUCCUCUGUAGAGACUCU